UAAUUAAAACAAUUUUUAAAAACUGUCCGCCAUGGCUUAGCGUUUUCUAGAGGAGAGAGGGAAAAAGAAGAAUCUCAAUUGUUCUCUUCGUUAGUUCCAUAGAAGAAGAAACUGAUGUCUUCUUCAGAUUCCACGGCGGCGCGUGAUCAACAUGCGCCGCUACUCCGUCCACGUCACGACGGAUCUUCUUCUUCUUCUUCUUCUUCAUCAUCAGCCAGACCUACAGCUCUCGCCGUUCUAUUAGGACGGAUCACCGGUCACCGUGCACCGUCGAUGCUGGUUAGAGAAACGGCGGCGCGUGCUCUUGAGGAGAGACGGAUCGAUUGGGGUUACUCGAAGCCUGUAGUUGCUGCUGAUAUACUAUGGAACGCUGCUUUAGUGCUUGCGUCGGCGGUUAUGCUUGUCGGUACCGUUGAAGAAAGACCUAAUGAACCAAUUAGGGUUUGGAUCUGUGGGUAUGGGUUACAGUGUUUGAUCCAUGUGGUUUUGGUUUGGUCUGAGUAUUGGAGAAGAAACACAACGCGUAGAGCUAGGGAUUUGGAGUCUGGUGACCAUGAAGAUUACAGUGUGUAUGAUUACGAACAAGACAGUGACAAUUCAACAACUUACAGUUUUGCGAAAAGAUGCGAGUCAAUAAACACAGUGAUAUCAUUCAUAUGGUGGAUAAUUGGAUUCUACUGGGUUGUUGAAGGUGGUGAUAAGCUUUUAGGAGAAGCUCCUAAUCUUUAUUGGUUGUCGGUGAUUUUUCUGGCGAUUGAUGUCUUCUUUGCUAUUUUCUGUGUUGUUUUGGCUUGCCUUGUUGGAAUAGCUCUCUGCUGCUGUCUUCCUUGCAUAAUCGCCCUUCUUUAUGCCGUUGCAGGAACGGAAGGAGUAUCAGAGGCUGAGCUCGGUGUUCUUCCACUGUACAAAUUUAAGGCUUUCCAUAGCAACGAGAAGAACAUUACCGGACCUGGUAAAAUGGUUCCUAUACCAACAAAUGGCUUAUGCUUAGCAACUGAAAGAACACUGCUUGCUGAGGAUGCGGACUGUUGCAUAUGUCUGAGCUCAUACGAGGAUGGUGCAGAGCUUCAUGAUCUUCCUUGUAACCACCAUUUUCAUUCGACCUGUAUCGUUAAAUGGCUUAAGAUGAGAGCAACAUGUCCUCUCUGCAAAUACAACAUCCUUAAAGGAACCACUGAUCAAUCUUGAAGACUAAACCCAACUAAGUAGAGGGAGUAAGAUUCUGCACAUAUGGAAACAGAUUCCAUUUCCUCAAUUAAAAAGCUUCUGUAUAUACUUAUAUCAAAAUUAUGUAUCUUUUGUUAAAAGCAUCCAUUUUUAAAUGUAAAAGAUCACACUUUACAAAUGCACUUUACUAUAUUUGCCCAUAUUUGAGAA